AUGGGCCUAACAGCUCUAGUCCACGGCUUCAAGCUCAGCGUCGCCGCCUUCGAUGCAUUCCUCGAGGCAAACGGACGCAAUGGAACUUGUGGUUACAAAACCACGCCCGAGGACGACGCAGACAUUGCCACGCUCUUCCGUGACAAAGGAGUCGACUGCGAGGUCAGGGUUUUCAUACCACAUCUAGCUGGAUUCAAUUUACCUCACCAUUUAUACGUUUGCUAUGAUUGGAUCUUCGUGCUUGUCACGAAAGAGAUUGAAGGGGAGUUAGAAAAACCAAUUCCCGCGUCGUUUGAGGAGAUGAGGAGGAAACUGGGGGCGGAGUCAGGGAUAUCGAAGUAUAUCGUCGUUAACGACGACGUGCUCUGGGCCCCUGAAGAGCUGGUUAAAUGGAAUACUGCGCCAAUAAAAUGCGGCGUUUGCGAUGACUCCUUUGAAUCCUGGCAACGGCGUAUGAAGCAUCGUCACGAUCAGCAUGGGAUUCUGGAAGAGUUCGAUCCUUUGCCUGAUUGCUAA